UAUGUUUAUAGUAUGCAAAAUGUAAAUAGAAAUUGAUAGCGAAGCGAAAAACUUAACCUAUAUUUUCGUAAACUUUCUGAUUCGAAAAUAUUAAAAAAUGGUAGAAUUCAAAUUAAAAAAUGAAAUUAGUCAAGCAUGCCGAACCGCAGAAGAUUUUACAAAAUUGUAUUACGAAAGUAUUGAUAAGCGAAGGCAUUUGAUGUCCAAGUUAUAUCUAGAUACUGGAAUUUUAGUAUGGAAUGGAAAUGGUACUAGUGGAAAUGAUCAAAUUCAAAAGUUUUUGAUGGAAUUGCCAACAACAGAUCAUACUUUAAACACAUUGGACGCUCAACCUAUUAUUGAUUCGGCUGUAGCAGGUCAAUUAACAUUUUUAAUACAAGUCAGUGGAAAUGUAAAAUUUCAAGACAAACAACCAAAAUCAUUUCAACAAAAUUUUAUGAUAACUGCUCAAGGUGAUAAAUGGAAGAUUGUGAGUGAUUGUUUCCGAUUACAAGAACCAAUAUCUUGACCAGAAGAAGAAGAACACUAAAAUGAUUAUUUGAUAUAGUUUUUAUUUAAAUUCAUUCGUAUGGUAUUAUUAUAUUAAA